UCUCCCCUCACGCCCUGAGGGAGGCGGGGAAGAUGGCGCUGGGUUGUCGCCAGGGCGGCCGGUGGUGCAGCCGUGCUCCGUUAGAGCGCUCCGGGCUCAGGAGGCGGCCGCCCGCCGCGCAGGGGGUGGAGAGCGUGUCCACGGCGCGGCCCUACGCGGCGGCGGCCGGCGGCGAUGCUGAGGGGACGCUCAGGGAGGAGUUGCUGGAGGUGUGCUGGCGGCGGCACUUCCUGCGGGGCGGUGCGGAGCCGCGGCCGGCGCUGCCCUGGCGGGCUUACCUCAGCGGCUGUCAUCCGGGCUUCGGCCCGCUGGGCGUGGCGCUGCGCCGCAACCUGGCGGCCCAGUGGUGGGAUUGGGUGUUGGCGUUCCGGGAGCAGGUGUUGGAGGUGGAGGCCCCGCUCCACGGCCCGUCCGCCCUCGGUGCUCCGUGGGCCGGGUCUGGCCUCCGCCUGGUGCACACUGAGGCGCUGCGGGAAGCCCUGCAGGGAAGGGUCUGCGGCGGUCCGGCCCUGCAAGAAGUGCUGGGGAGUGCGGGGGUGCUUCGUGAGAGCCUGCUGCCCGGGGCUUUGGCGCAGUAUCUGAGCUGCUUAGAACUGGUGAACAAAAGACUGCCUUGUGGCCUUGCACAAGUUGGAGUGUGCUUUGACUCUGUUCCAGAAAGUGAACCACGCAACAAAAACCUCACAAGAAUAGGCGAAAGGACCUCGUCUUUGCUCACAUGGUUUAGCUCUCCCAGAACUGCAGGACAGUGGCUCGAUUACUGGCUACGCCAGAGACUCCAGUGGUGGAGAAAGUUUGCAGUAGCUCCAUCUAACUUCAGCAGCAGUGAUUUUCAGGAUGAAGAAGGAAGAAGAGGAUUUAAUUUACAUUACACCUUUCCUUGGGGGACAGAAACAAUAGAAACAUUGAAGAACCUCGGUGAUACUGAACUGUUACAGAUGUAUCCAGGGGAUAGUUCAAAAUUACUUGGCCGAGAUGGGAGGAAGAACAUCAUCCCUCAUGUUCUGUCUGUGAGUGGGAAUCUGGACCGUGGAGCAUUAGCAUACCUCUUUGAUUCUCUCCAGCUAGCUGAGCAUCCAUUAACAAAAAAGAAAAAUGCACAGAGAAAGGUUCUUAAGAUUCAUCCUUGCUUAGCACCUCUUAAAGUGGCCUUGGAUGUAGGAAAGGGUCCAACAGCAGAGCUGAGACAGGUUUGUCAAGGAUUGUUCAAUGAACUGUCAGAAAACAGAAUUUCUGUAUGGCCAGGUUAUCUUGAAACCAUGCAGGUAUCUCUGGAACAGCUUUAUACAAAGUAUGAUGAGAUGAGUGUUCUCUUCAUGGUCUUGAUAACUGAUGCCACUCUAGAGAAUGGAGUGGUCCAGCUGAGAAGCAGAGACACCACCAUGAAGGAAAUGAUGCACAUUUCUAGACUCAAGGACUUUUUAAUGAAGUAUGUAACAUCAGCCAAAAAUAUGUAAACUUAGAUUUGUUGAAUAAAAUUAAUUUCUUAAACGUUUCUGCCUGAACUGGCUUAAA